AUGGCACUGAAGCUGAACAGCCUGUUAUUGGACAGACCCGAGGGAGCGCAGAGGCCCAGGCUGUUAAAAGGUGGUGGCUGCAAUGUUGUUCCCUCUCAGGUUAGGAAGACGACGGAGAACCAAGACACCAGAAGAAGUUAUAAGCUGCUGCUCAUCACCAUCAUCAACAAAAUGACCAGUUCAAUCCACCUGGUCAUCCUGGUGAUGGCUUCAACGGUGGCAGCAGUGGCUGAGGCGUCAGCACCCAGGAAUCCACAGCGACUUCGGUCUAAGCCUACUAAGAAGCCUCCUCAGAGUGGGGAAUCUUCUUCAGUGACGCCUACACGCCUGGGUGGCCGCUUCACCACCACCAUGGUUCCGAUCCCUUCCAGCAGCGCCUUGCCUGAGGACAUCACGGAGUCCAUAACAGAUUCAUAUUCAUCUUUCACUGAGAGCAGCACCUACUCCAGUGAUGCCUAUUCAGCUGACUACCACACAGAGGCUUUGUUGCCACCUGGAAUGGGUCCCCGGAACUACACUCUGGACUACAACGAGUGCUUCUUCAACUUCUGUGAGUGCUGUCCACCAGAGAGGGGCCCUCCAGGACCCAUCGGAGAGAAGGGGUCGCCAGGUAUUCUAGGGCAGAAGGGCGAGAUGGGACCUCCGGGAGCAACAGGACCAGCGGGACUUCCUGGAGCUCUUGGACUGCAGGGAGAAAAAGGAGAUCCAGGACAACUGGGAGAGAAAGGGAUUCCAGGAAUACCAGGUUCUGCUGGUAAACCAGGAGAUAAAGGUGAACCAGGUCUUAAAGGAGACAAAGGAGAUAUUGGCUUACCUGGAUUGAAAGGUGAACUAGGGAGCAUAGGGGAAUCUGGCCAAAAUGGGAGCAAAGGAGAAAAGGGUGACAUGGGCCUGCAAGGACCAGAGGGACCUCCUGGACAAGAUGGCAUGAAGGGGAUAAAGGGUGAAAAAGGAGAAAUAGUGGAACAAAUAACAAUGGGGAAGGGAGAAAAAGGUAACAAAGGUGAACCUGGGCCUCCAGGACCUAAGGGAGACAUGGGCAAGCCAGGACUCAAUGGCACAGAGGGACUUCCUGGAAUAAUGGGCCAAAAAGGAGAUACAGGACCUCAAGGUCCACAGGGAGAGCCAGGUAAACGAGGACCACCUGGACCACCAGGGCAAAGAGGCAUGCAUGGUAUGAAAGGAAUGCGAGGUCUGAAGGGGGUACGUGGCCAAAGGGGAUUGAAGGGCGCAAAAGGAGAACCAUUCAUUCAGAAGCGCUCAGCCUUUAGCGUAGGACUCUUCCCGAGUAGAUCCUUCCCUCCUCCUGGCCACCCAGUCAAAUUUGACAAAGUCAUCUACAACGAGGAAGGACACUGGGACCCCUACAUCAGCAAGUUCAACUGCACUUACGGAGGUGUCUACGUGUUUUCCUACUACAUCACCGUUCGCAGUCGUCCUUUACGGGCCGCCUUGGUAGUGAACGGGGUUCGUAAACUGCGCACUCGCGACUCCCUCUAUGGCCAGGACAUUGACCAGGCCUCCAACAUGGCACUGAUCCGAUUGUCCUCUGGUGACCAGGUGUGGCUGGAGACACUGCGGGACUGGAAUGGAAUUUAUUCCAGCAGCGAAGACGACAGUACCUUUUCUGGCUUCCUACUCUUUGCUGACGCCACUAAGGAAUGA